GCUGUUGCUGAGGCGGCCGUUGCUGAGGCGGCCGUGUGGCACGGCGGGGCGGCAGCCGGGCUGCUGUCGGAGGCUGAGGGCGGUGCGGGAGCCCCAGGACACCCCUACCCGCAAGGCAAGUGCCCCGGAGGAGGCAGAAUGGAGGUCCUGGAGGAGAAGGAAGAGGAGCACAGAGAAGAAGAAUUGCUGAAAGGUUUGGAGACCAGUGCUAAACUCCAGGAUGCAGAGACGAAGGUGUCUGGUGAGCAAGUCUGCAUCCCAAGUGAUGUAGCAAGUGAUUUUGACUGGAGCUCCAUUGACACAUCCCAGCUCCCAUCCUCAUACAAGACGAAUUCCCUGAAGGAAAAGAAGAUACUGCAGAUAGCUGACCAUUUCCUCAAGCAGUACACUCACCUUUACCCUGAACGCAACCCGCUCUUCCUCCACCCAGUCAACGAAGGUGGCGUGGAGAAGUUUGUGAGCACAACCAUAAGGCCAACGCUGGUGCCUUAUUUAGAGCUGUACAAUUGGGAUAGCUGUGCCAGCUUUGUCUCUGAUUACCUCACCAUGGAGCCCCUCAAGUCCCCUGUCACACCGCCCAGUUCGCUCUAUUCCCCAACCACCAUUCUGAAAUACCAGAGAGGGAACUGCUUUGACUUCAGUGUGCUGCUGUGCUCCCUGCUGAUCGGGGCUGGAUACGAUGCCUACUGCGUGCAUGGCUAUGCCACCCGAGAGAUGUGCACCCUGGACGAGACUCUGGAGGUGUGCCCACUGCUCAGGGAGCCACAGGAGGUACCAAAAGAAGAGAUGAAGAAGUCUAGCAAGUAUACAGUUAAGCCUCCUCUGGACCUGCAAUACCAGUCUGAGCUUCAGCAGGAGGCCCAGAAGAAGGCAGACACUGAAGCUGUUCAAAAGAGUGAGGAAAGAGAAGAGAAGGAAGUGGAAAAGCCUGAGCGUGACCCUUUGCAUGGCUUACGGGUGCAUGCGUGGGUUUUGGUCCUGUCUGGGAAUAGGGAUGUUCCCAAAACCUUCUUCAUCAACCCCUUCACAGGAAGGAGCCACAGCACCACAGAUGAGCACUUCCUUGGGAUUGAGAGUGUCUGGAAUGACACGAACUACUGGGUAAACAAGCAGGACUGCUGGAAUGGCUGCAAGGAUCUCAACUUUGACUUAAGUGAUGCUGUCCGCUGGGAAAUUAUGCUUUUGGAGAGCAACAAGCCUCUUCAGCUGUGCCCAGAUGCUGAGAAGGAAGAGGAUUUAUCUGACGGGGACAUUAAUGAUCUGCAGGAAAAGAAGAAGGUAUACAUGAGUUUUGACAUGCCAGUAUCGUGGGUAGCCUUAAUUCAAAUAUCUCCCAAGGAGUUAGAGACCCGCUAUUCCCAGGGAAGGAAGGUGAUCCUGUACAAGAAAGCAAAACUGGAGAAAUGGGCACCGAACCUGAAUGGAAAUGGGCUGAUGACACGCCUCACCAUCUACGCAGACCUAGACCGUACUGAAGUAGUGGAGGUGAGGGAGUGGUUCAAAAACCGAGAAGACAUGUUGGAUAUGAGAGUAGUGGAUAAACAAACACAGCUGACCACGGAUCACUUCAGCCGAGGACACCGCUUCCAUCUUAAAGCUCAUACCUAUACAUCCCUGGAACCAGAGACUGAGCAUACAAUGGAGUUUUACAAUAAGGCACGAGUUGAUGACCUCCAGAAACGUGUUGAAAAUGCUACUGAGAUGAUAGAAUACUUCGUGGGGCGGGAUGACUUCCUGCACAUCCGGCAUGCAGAGUUUGGCAAAAGAGAAGAAACACCUGGUGGCAUCGGAACUGCCACCAACUCCCGGCCCAUAGUGCAAAUAAAGGAGUGUUUCCACAGAAACCUAGAAAAGCCUGCUGAUGAAGAUGUAGCAGAACGCAUCUUUCUGAUCACAGAGCAAAAGAUCCAUCUGACAUAUCACAUCAAGGAUGAAUGCUUUACUGCCUCAACAAAGGAUUUAUUCAAAGCAGUAAGGGAUAGGAAAGCGAAGUCAAUGACCACAACCCCAAAAAUAUGUAUCUCAUACCAGGCAGGGUCUUCUGAGAAAGAGGAGAGGCUGCUCCAUGAGUACAAAUUGUUGCAGAAUCUAACCACUGAAGAGAAGAAGCUGAAGCGAAAAGUCCGGCAAUCUCAAGCAGAGGUGGUAGAUAUUUUGAAGAUCCGUAAGGAUGAAGAAAGGGCCAUUCAGUUGUCAGUUCCAGAGACAGAUGAAGAGAGAAGACGAGAGCCUGAAGCCAUGAAGAGAAAAGAGAAACAGGAUCUGGAUUACCUGGCACCUGUUCUUAUUCAGCUUGGCUACAAAGGGAAAAUGACCAAGGAGCAGGCCCUGCACGCCCGAGAUGAGUGCCUGGCUGCUUAUAAGGAUCGUCUCCUUAAUAAAAUUAAAAUCAUCCAGGCUCGCUAUGAAAAGGCGACGAAAGAGCUGCAAGAGAAGGAGCUGUGGUUUCAGAAAAACCAGAGUCGCCUCAGCGCAGAGGAGGAGGAGGACUACCGUACCUAUUGCUCUGAAGCCUUGUUUCGUAUCCACAUUACAGUGCAGAGGUUAAACAGCAACAAGCAGAUGGUGUUACAGAAAUACCUUGAUUUUGAAGAGAAGCUGCACAUGGAUCCUCGCCUGGCUGAGCACCUCGGUCAUGUCUGACUUCUUUACUCCUUUGCACCCGACACUGGAAAUCAGGGCUGAAGCCUGUUAGCUGCAGCCUGAAAAAAUGUGGAAAGUUUUAUCUACUUGCCUGCAGCAAAUCUUUCAUUAUCAUCACAUUUAUGGAGAUAUUAA